AUGGCGAGCUCGUGCGAGCUCGAGCCUCUCGUAUCGCCGAUCAAAGAUGUCCAAGUCAACAAACCUGUGCUCGACUCUUUCAUGAAAGGAAUUCCUGCCAAAAUCGGAACACCAGAGCAAGACAUCGUGUUGAUGCCGUGGGCAGAGCUUAAUAAUAUAUGGAUCUACGACCAGCAGGCGUUCUGCGACCCUACGAGCAUCUUCUCCGAGGAAAUAUGCUUUGUCAGGCGCGGCAGCUAUUACCUCGAGGACGAUUCCUCCUCAUUCAAACAGGCUCUUGACAUCAUCGACGCUGGAGGGGCGUCCACAGAGACCACAGUGACUGGUUCAGAGUUAGGCAUUAAGAACCUCGUCAGCACUGGCCUCGGCGGAACGGACACACUGAAGAUUGGUUCCACUGAGGCGCUCGAUACCUUUCCGGUGGCAAUCCCGCGGCAAGACUGGGACGGGGGCUACACCACUCUACACGCCCUUGGCUUUGGAUCGAAUUCAACAUACCUCAAUGCCUUGCUGGAGGCGAAGCAAAUUGGCGCAAGAGUAUGGUCGAUAUUCUGGGGCCGGAUGUGGCUGGCCAACCCUCCGAUGGAUGGCUCCCUCGUGCUUGGAGGAUAUGACCGUACCAAAGUGAUUGGGCAAGACCUCACCCAGAAUCUCGACUUUGGAUCUACCGGAUGCUGGACGGGGACUGAGCAAACCCUAUUCCCCGCGAACACCGUGCUGCCGGUCUGCCUUGUCCCCCAACGGCAACUCCUGCUCGAAGCCCCGGGCAGCAUCUACUCGAAGUUCGAGAACGUGACCUUGACCAAGAACAUCGGCCUUUCCUUCUGCCUUCACUGGGGAGCACAUCUCUUCGACACCGGCACACACUCGCGCAUCUUCAAUGAAAGCCAGCGUGAAGUUCUGAUCUCAUCUCUCGGUGACCAACCAGCAACCUUGGGCCGCUACUUCCUGACCGCCGCCUACCUAAUGGUCGACCAAGACGCCGGUACCUUCACUCUAUGGCAGGCGAACCCGUCCAACAACACAGACCUCGUCGCCAUAACCAACGAGCAGUCGAUGGCUCGCUGCCCAGGUGCUAACCCCUCACGACCAGCCAACUCAUCAACCCCGAUCGAAACAGCACCUUCAAACAGCACGUCAAGGUCAGAACCCAUAUCUACCGGCGCCAUCGCAGGCAUAGUCAUAGGCGUAAUAGCCAUCCUUGCCCUCCUCGGUCUCGGCGGCCUUUUCUUUCUCCGCAGACGGACGCGCAGGUUUCAAGCUAUUCCUCCCCCUCGCGACAGUACCGGCUCUAUAGGGCCACAGGAACUCUACGGCAGCUCAGCCCGCAAUAUAGAAUCCGUCGUCCCUUAUACCGACAAGAUUUUCAAUGAAGCCCGCCAGACACGGCAGGAAAUGGCAGGCUGGGCUGUUCCGAAAGUUGCAUACGAGAUGGAUGCACGCGGAUCGUCGCCACGGGUGUUGUACUCGUAG